AUGGACUGUUUAGGUGAAGAGCUUUUUUUUUCCGCCCUAAGCAGUAAGAAGGAUUUUACAGAGGCUAGUCAGAAGUCCGGGUGUCCUACGUCCUGGUGUCCUACGUCCUGGUGUCCUAUGUCAUGGUGUCCUACGUCCUGGUGUCCUGUCCUGGUGCCCUACGUCCUGGUGUCCUUCGUCCUGGUGUCCUACGUACUGGUGCCCUACGUCCUGGUGUCCUACGUACUGGUGCCCUACGUCCUGGUGUCAUACGUCCUGGUGUCCUACGUCCUGGUGCCCUAUGUCCUGGUGUCCUAUGUCCUUUUGUCCUACGUCCUCGUGUCCUACGUCCUGGUGUCCUACGUCCUUGUGUCGUUCGUCCUUGUGUCCUUCGUCCUGGUGUCCUACGUCCUGGUGUCCUUCGUCCUGGUGCCCUACGUCCUGGUGCCCUAUGUCCUGGUGUCCUAUGUGCUGGUGCCCUACGUCCUGGUGUCCUAUGUCCUGGUUCCCUAUGUCCUAGUGUCCUACGUCCUGGUGUCCUACGUCCUGGUUCCCUAUGUCCUGGUGUCCUAUGUCCUGGUGUCCUAUGUCCUGAUGUCCUACGUCCUGGUGUCCUGUCCUGGUGUCCUACGUCCUGGUGCCCUACGUCCUGGUGUCAUACGUCCUGGUGUCCUGUCCUGGUGUCCUACGUACUGGUGCCCUACGUCCUGGUGUCCUACGUCCUGGUGCGCUAUGUCCUGGUGCGCUAUGUCCUGGUGUCCUACGUCCUUUUGUCAUACGUCCUGGUGUCCUACGUCCUGGUGUCCUACGUCCUGGUGUCCUUCGUCCUGGUGUCCUACGUCCUGGUGUCCUUCGUCCUGGUGUCCUACGUCCUUGCGUGUGAAUGUUGGACAGGACAGUUGA